AUGGGCCGCCACAUCACCAUCUGGUCGGCCGCGUUCCUCGCGACGGGGGGCUUCCUCUUCGGCUUCGACUCGGGCAUCAUCACGUCCACCAUCGCCCUCGAGACCUUCAAGGCCUACUUCCACGACCCGGCGGAUGGCGUGGCCGCCGCCAUCGUAUCCUCCUUCCAGGGCGGCGCCAUCGUCGGCACCAUUCUCAACAUGGUCUGCUCCGACCGCCUCGGCCGCCGCAACACCGUCUUCCUCGGCUCCCUCGUCUCCAUCGUCGGGUCCGCACUGCAGGCCGGGGCCGGGGACCUCGCUGCUCUGAUAUCCGGCCGCUUCGUCGGCGGCGUCGCCGUCGGCGUGCUGACGUCCACGAUACCCAUGUACGCGUCCGAGCUGGCUGAGGCCAGGCAGAGGGGCAAGCUGUCCGGGCUGCUGCAGUGGAUGCUGAGCUGGGGGUUCCUGGUGGCGCAGUGGCUAGGCUACGGGUGCUCCUUUGUUGAGACCGACUUUUCAUGGCGGUUCCCACUGGCGUUCCAAUGCGUCCCCGGCAUCGUCAUCGCGACGGGCAUCUACUUCCUCGAGGAGUCGCCGCGGUGGCUCGUCGAGAAGGGCCGGUACGCCGAGGCGCGGCGGAGCCUGGACACGCUCCGCGCGGGCGUUGACGAGAAGCUCGUCGAGGCCGAGUACGCCGAGAUCAGGCACGCCGUGCGGGCGCAGUCGGUGCUGCGCGAGGCUGAGGGCGGCAGCCUUUGGCGGGCUCUUAUCACGAGGCCGUCGUGGCGCCGCCGCCUGCUGCUGGGCUGCGGCGUGCAGGCCUUCUCGCCCCUCUCGGGCGUCAACGUCAUCAGCUACUUCGGCCCACGCAUCUACGACCUCCUGGGCAUCGGCACGCAGACGUCCCUCAUGAUCAUCGGCAUCAACGGCGCGCUCGGAAUCGCUUACAACACGCUAGGCCUCUGGAUGCUGGACCGCGUCGGCCGCGUGCGGCCCCUCAUCGCCUCGGCCGUCGGCCUUGCGGCGGCUCUCCUCGUCAACGCCGUCCAGUUCCAGUUUCUCGAUCGAUCCAAUCCCGACCAGCUUCGCAGCAUGGUCGCCAUGAACUUCGUCUUCGGCUUCUUCUUCACGCCUCUCGGCAUCAUCAGCUGGGUCUACCCGGCCGAGAUCUUCCCCCUCGAGAUCCGCGCCCUUGGCAACGCGCUGACGACAUUCACCAACUGGACCAUCAACCUCAUCCUCGUCUCCUUCUCGCCCCAGGCGCUCACGGCCAUCGGCUUCCGCUUCUUCUACGUCUUCGUCGCCUUCAACCUUACCGCCGCGCUCUGCUACUACUUCUUCUACCCAGAAACCUCGGGGCGCACGCUGGAGCAGAUGGACGAGCUCUUCGGCGACUACGUGCCCAUGUCGGAGCACAGCGCCCUCGGGACCGUCACCACCGGGUCUGACAGCCAUAGGGGAAAAGUGGUAGGGAUAUACGGCUCCUUCGCGGUCCACGAGCGGGUUUCAUCAACCUCAGUGUGA